UCGAUGUCAUCAGCAAAUCCUUCCCAUGUCAGCAGAAUAAUUUGAAAGUUGAACUAAUUCUCAAAGCUGAAACACAGAUAAACCUGACCCAAGAACCAAAAGUAGGAAUCUCUCUCACUUCUGGUCAUUUUGCCAUAACCCCAUCUCAGGAAAUUCCCAAUUUUGAACCUAGUUUCAAAUCCGAAGACGGGUGAACUGUGUCUCCCAAAUAGAAAAACCCUAGUCCUUGUUUUACUACUACCCUCUUUAAAACCUCGCUUCCUCCGAUAUUCCUCACGGUAGUAUAGUGUCGUUGUUCGUUUCGAAGCCCAGAGGAUUCUCUCAUUUUGUGGUUCGCUCUUUCUUCUGCACUAUGAUUCCAGGUCUUCGAUCGGAGCUUUUUGCGGUUUCUGUACACUUUUGCUCCAUGAGAAAUUUAUUUUUUGAAAGAGAGAAACUCCAUCAUCUAAUCUGGGUCAUGUUAUUGAAGAGUUGUAAUUGACAAUGAUGCCAGCAAGGAAGCCACUAUUAUUCAGGUAAGGUUGACAGUGUUAACAAACGUGGAAUUCUCCUGGAAGUAGUCCAAGUUUUAACAGACAUGAACCUUGUUAUAACCAAAGCAUACAUCUCAUCUGAUGGGGGAUAGUUCAUGGAUGUGUUCAAUGUGGUCGAUGGAGAUGGAAACAAAAUCAGAGAUAAAGGGGUCAUCAAUUAUAUCACAAAAAAACUUGAAAGUGAUGCCAGCUUUAUGCCUUCAAUGAGAAGGACUGUUGGGGUGAUGCCCUUUGAACACCACACCCCAAUUGAAUUAUGUGGUACAGACAGGCCUGGUCUACUGUUCGAAGUGUGUGUAGUUCUUGCAAACCUUCACUAUAAUGUGGUGAAUGCUGAGAUAUGGACACACAAUGCUAGAGCUGCAGUUGUUGUUCAUUUUACAGAUGAUUCCACAGGGUGUGCAAUUGAAGACCCUAAUCGACUCUCAAAAAUAAAGGAACUUCUUUGCAAUGUUCUAAAAGGAAACAAUGACUUGAAGACAACAAAAAUGACACUUUCACCCCCUAGGUUUACAUAUAGAGAGAGAAGGUUACAUCAAAUUAUGUUUGCAGAUCGCGACUAUCAAAGAGUGGAAAGAGCAGAACUUGGGAAAGAUAAGAGCUCAAGGCCCCAUGUAACUGUAUUGGAUUGUAUUGAGAAGGAUUAUACUGUGAUUACUAUGAGGUCAAAAGAUAGGCCAAAGUUGUUGUUUGAUACUGUCUGUACUCUAAUAGAUAUGCAAUAUGUAGUUUUUCAUGGAGUGGUCCACACAGGGAGGAUGGAAGCUUAGCAGGUAAGGUCAAAUUUCACAAAAGUUUAUUAUUGGAAAUGAAGUUUGGGCAAAACAAGUUGAUAACAUGACUCAACAAAUGAAAAUUCUUUGGUUCAACAAAUUUGCAAAUCUUGGUAGAAUUGGGAACAUAACUAUUUUAAACCUUAAGGGAGUCAGAAAGUCAACUUGCUGCAUACAUUUUUGUAGAAUGGCUAUGUUGAAUUGCUACCAUCUUUUGAAUGUGUUUGACUGAAAACAAAUUUUGGUUUAAUAGAGGAAUAUUAUAUCAGGCAUGUUGAUGGACUCCCUAUGAGCUCAGAUGCUGAGCGAGAACGUGUCAUACAGUGUCUUGAAGCAGCAAUUGAAAGGCGAACAUUUGAGGGACUGAAGCUAGAACUCUGCACUGAAGAUCGGUUUGGACUUCUAUCUGAUAUCACCAGGGUAUUCAGGGAGACCAGUUUAUGUAUUAAAAUAGCAUAAAUAUCAACAGAAGGUGGGAAAGCCAAAGACACCUUCUAUGUCACAGAUGUGACUGGUAAUUCGGUCAACCCCCAGAUUGUUGAUUCAAUUCGCCAACAAAUUGGGCACUCCAUCCUACAGGUAAAGAACUCCACUCUUUCACCAAAGGCCCCCCAAGAGACAACAAUGAGUUUCCUCUUUGGGAACAUCUUCAAAUGUCAAACUCUUCAAAAUUUCAAAUUGAUCAGAUCCUACACUUAAUACCUUCCUUCCCAUGCAUACACUUCCAUAAGUAGAAACUGUGCAGACAUAUCAGACGCUUCUUCUGGAAAAAAGAAACAACAUACAAAGAGACUAAAGGACAAUGUAAAUAGUCUUCCCUUCCUCUUGCUGCAGAGGGUUUACUGUUAUGUCCUGAUACUGGAUAGAAGUAACUCAGACACAAAUACUAUACUGUAAAAAUGCUUACUGGUCUUUGUAUAUCCUUGUGUUUUUUAGUAAGUCGUGUACAAUGUGAUAUUACUUGCCUUGUACCAAAAAAAAAAAAAAAACAAACAAAAUUGUACAGAUGCCUCUAAAUUUAGUGAUUGGAUGUUAUCUUUGGCUUCUUGCAAAUUGAAUUCAUCCAAUCAAAACUAAAUUUGAAACCCUGGUUCAUUUAA